CGAGGCUUCUUGUCGAGUAAGUACGAUUUAUAUUAUAACCUUGAACUGUUUUAGUCAACCUGAAGAGUUUUGAGGCCUAUUUUCAUCAUGUGAAGGCAAAUUGUAUGUUAAGAAUACCACCAUUCCUUUUUAUAGCAGCCAUGGAAAAGCCUGCUCGCUACAAAUCAAAGAAUAAGAAGCCAGCCGCUAAAGCAAAGACAUCGAAGAAACGCAAAAGUGACGGACCAACUUGUUCUAUGUUCUUAGCAGAGUUAACCAGAAAACUGGCUUCCAAAAAGAAGCAGGAAGAAGAAGAAGAACACUCACCAAGAAAUAUUGUCCAAACAAUAAUAGACAGCAUCACAAAUGCCUUACCAGUCAAAAUUUCGAGAAAAUCUCCACAGAAAAUUCCAUCACCCAUGAAGAUGGAGACACUGCAGACAUUCGCACCAGAACUAAUACCCAAUGACAUACUAAACAUCCCACCGCCAAACCCCCCAUCACCACCAGUUCCACCGAUCAAUGAUGACGUUUCUAUGGAAGAAGUAGAAAUAGCCGUACAAAAACCAGGAACAUUCAAAAUGCCCAAAAUGCCUCUAGUCAGCAGCGAAGUUCUCAAAAUGGCAGUUAUAGAAAGGAAAAAGAAGAUUCCAAUGCAAGACCAAGCAGUCAACACGGGAACGGAACACGAUGUCGCUACAGAGAUAGCUAAACAUGUUAGCACGUUAAGAAAAAUAUCUUUGAUAGCAGAAGAAUUUAACCAGAAAACAGCCAAAAACUUAAAGGAGAUAGUAGACAGCGUCCAGGAAGACCUCAUAAAGAAACUAGAACAAAUACAAGCAGAGAAAAGAGCUGCUUCAGACAGAACAUUCCACCUUGAAACUGAAAGCGAAGACCGAGACGAUUAAGCAAGAAGUAUAGAUAAUCAUUUAGAAGAAAACUUAUUUGACUUUUGCGACUCGUGUCAAAUUCCCGUUGUCAAAAUGAAAUGCAAUAAUAAUUAGAUAUUCAUAAAAUUGAUUGUAAAAAUUUAAAUAAACAAAAACAAAGCAUUA